AUGACGAGUUCGAAGACGCCUGCGAGUCGCGGCGCCGGACCGCCGAGCCGCCGCCGCGAGCGCGAGGCGUCCGUAGACUCACGCGACACGCACACAGCACACGAUCACAGUGGAGACGCGGACCGCGGUGGAGACGCUACAGGCGUACACCCAGUAGCUGCACCAGCACGAGAGCCGCCAGGCAGCCCGCGAGCGCGCCCGUCGCGCACCCCGCUCCCCCCGCGCCACUGCGCCCCGCUGCUUCUCCCGCAUCUACAAUACACACCACCU